AUGCGACCUCCAAGGGGCGGCGGUGGCUUCAGGGGAGGCCGUGACGGUGGUAGAGGAGGUGGCCGAGGCGGCGGCGGCAGGGGAGGUGGCCGCUUUGGUGGUCGUGGCGGCGGAGGCUUCCGUGAUGAGGGUCCUCCAUCUGAAGUCGUUGAGGUUUCUACUUUCCUUCAUGCAUGUGAGGGUGAUGCAGUCACAAAGCUCACAAACGAGAAGAUUCCUUUCUUUAAUGCCCCUAUUUAUCUUCAGAAUAAAACUCAGAUAGGGAAAGUUGAUGAAAUUUUUGGCCCCAUCAAUGAAUCCUAUUUCUCAAUCAAAAUGAUGGAAGGAAUUGUUGCGACAUCUUAUGCUUCUGGGGAUAAAUUUUAUAUCGAUCCAGCUAAACUCUUACCUCUUGCUAGAUUCCUCCCACAACCGAAGGGACAGUUUCCCUCUAGAGGUGGAGGUCGUGGAGGGGGCAGAGGUGGCGGCAGAGGUGGCCGUGGGGGUGGUGGCUUUCGUGGAAGAGGUGGCCCAAGAGGUGGCAGAGGUGGUCCUCCAAGAGGUGGUGGCCGUGGUGGUGGCUUUAGGGGUAGAGGAAGAUUCUAGAUUAGCAUUAUGUAAUAUCAUAGUUUUAUCAAAUUUCCAUUUGCAAUGUCGUUUUGAGAAGCGUUUGCAAGAGUCUUUAUUUGUACUGUAUUUUAUUUGGAAUUGAACUUCUGGGUAUUGAAGCUACUACCUAAUUUAAUUCUACUGCAAAUUUUAGCGUUUUACUAA